AAAGAGUGAUCAUUUACUGAGGAUAAAAGCGAACGGAGGGGGAAAAUGCAGUUCGAGACAUUGCGUCAGUUCUGUAGCUCGGUUUUAUCACAUUUCAACGGGGCUUUCUCCGCGCCUCAGAACAUCUUGCAGACGGAGCUGUUCGAGCAGGCUUUGAGCAACAUCGGGAAACGAAGUCCAUCUGCAUCCAGGGAUCCAAACCAAAAAUACGACCAAGGGGAGGGGGGCGAUCACUCACAGUAUGCCCCGACGGACGGCGGCAUGCCCAGAUCACCGUCUGACUAUGGGGAUGGGGACCCCCGGCGGGCUCCGAGGGGCCCACACAUGUACCCAGAUGCAGAUGCGGCACGAAUGGGCUACCGGGACCGGCGGGGCCCUGGGCGCUGGCACUCCCAGGAAUACCCGCUGGACCAGGAGCUAGAUGGACCCAGCGAGUACGACCUCCAGCGGCAGCGGCAGGAGGAAUUCCAGACGCGUUACCGUAGCGACCCCAACCUGGCCCGCUACCCUGUGAAGCCGCAACCCUACGAGGAGCAGAUGAGAAUGCACGCAGAGGUGGGCCGCAUGAGGCACGAGCGUCGUCAUAGUGACGUCUCCCUGGCCUACACGGAGCAGGACGACCCAGGACCCGUCCGGCUGUCCCGCCAGCAUCUCACCGAGCGCCGGCCGCCCAUGGUGGGACAGCGCUCCUACUCCGUCGACCGCUCCUCCCCCGGGCCCAUGGGUGGCAGCCUCGGAGGCCACAGAUCCUCCAACCACAGCCCCCCUACGCCGCACCGCAGCCCCGUGCUGGGGGACCGAUCUGGAGACCUGCGUAGAGGGGACAUGGAUUCCAUGAGGAGGCAGCAGCACCACCUCGACCCCAGUUCGGCCGUCCGCAAGACCAAGAGGGAGAAGAUGGAGAGCAUGCUGAGGAACGACUCUCUCAGCUCGGACCAGUCAGAGUCGGUGCGCCCGCCGCCCCCCAAGCCCCACAAAACCAAAAAGGGAGGAAAGAUGCGGCAGGUGUCGCUCAGCAGCUCGGAGGAGGAGCUGGCCACCACACCAGAGUACACCAGCUGUGAGGACGUGGAGAUAGAGAGUGAGUCAGUCAGUGAGAAAGGGGACAGUCAAAGGGGAAAAAGAAAAACAAUUGAGCAGACAUUUAUGUCCGAGCCGACACACACCUUAUCUGAGAGGCAAAAGAAAAUGGUGCGCUUUGGGGGACACUCAUUUGAAGAGGACUUGGCAUGGUGUGAACCGCAGGUUAAAGACUCGGGAGUUGAUACGUGCAGUAGCACUACCCUAAACGAGGAGCAUAGCCAUAGUGAGAAGCACCCGGUGACGUGGCAGCCGUCCAAAGAUGGGGAUCGCCUAAUAGGGCGUAUUUUACUCAACAAGCGCAUGAAAGAUGGAAGUGUGCCUCGAGACUCAGGAGCUCUGCUUGGUCUAAAGGUGGUGGGAGGCAAGAUGACAGAAUCUGGUAGACUUUGUGCUUUCAUCACUAAAGUGAGGAAAGGAAGUCUAGCAGACACUGUUGGACAUCUCAGACCAGGUGACCAGGUGCUGGAGUGGAACGGGAAGCUUUUACAAGGAGCCACAUUUAAAGAAGUUUACAAUAUCAUUCUAGACUCCAAGCCUGAGCCGCAGGUGGAGCUGGUGGUCUCACGGCCUAUAGGAGAUAUUCCAAGGAUACCAGACAGCACACAUGCACAACUGGAAUCAAGUUCGAGUUCUUUUGAGUCUCAAAAGGUGGAUCGCCCGUCCAUCUCCGUCACGUCCCCCAUGAGUCCCAGCAUGCUGAGGGACGCCCCCCAGUACCUGUCAGGUCAGCUCUCAGUCAAACUAUGGUAUGACAAAGUGGGCCAUCAGCUAAUUGUCACCAUCCUGGGCGCCAAAGACCUGCCCCCCAGGGAAGACGGCCGCCCCAGGAACCCUUACGUCAAAAUCUACUUCCUCCCCGAUAGAAGCGACAAAAGCAAGAGGAGAACAAAAACGUUAAAGAAAUCCUUAGAGCCCAAAUGGAACCAGACCUUUAUGUAUUCGCCGGUGCACCGGCGGGAGUUUCGGGAGCGCAUGCUGGAGAUCACAUUGUGGGACCAAGCCAGGGUGAGGGAGGAGGAGAGCGAGUUCCUGGGAGAGAUCCUUAUUGAGCUGGAGACAGCACUUCUGGAUGAUGAGCCACACUGGUACAAGCUACAAACCCACGACGUGUCCUCCAUGCCGCUCCCACGUGCCUCCCCCAACACACAGCGCAGGCAGCUCCACGGAGAGAGCCCCACACGACGGCUCCAGAACAAAGGCUCUUAUUCAUACAACUCAGGAUCCCAAAGGAUAAGUGACAGUGAGAUCUCGGACUAUGAUUGUGAAGAUGGUGUUGGAGUAAUAACAGACUACCGGUCUAAUGGCCGAGACUUCCAGAGCUCCACGUUGUCUGUCCCUGAUCAGGUGAUGUCGUCGAACCACUGCUCCCACUCAGCUGACAUUAACCGGGCGCGGUCGCGUUCUCCCAGCGUCCCCCCCCCCUCCAGCAGAAGUCUGGACCCCGCCUUUGACCUUAGGCCUUCUCAGUACAGCUCCUCCACUAGAGUGGACCACCACAGUGUGUCUGAAGAUAACUACUCUCCUGACAGGAACCACGGAGCCAUGGAUAGACACGAGUAUCACAGCAGGUCCCGCUCUGCAGACCAGCGGCCCUCUAUAGAGCGCCCCACGUCCCGCUCGCGCUCCACUGAACGCCCCCACGACUCUUCGCUCAUGAGGUCCAUGCCGUCCCUGCCAUCUGGGAGGUCCGCCCCCCCCUCACCUGCCUUGACGAGGGCGCAUCCUCGUAGUGGAUCAGUCCAGACCAGUCCCAACAGCACCCCCAUGUCCAGUAGAAGAGGACGGCAACUCCCACAGCUCCCACCCACGGGGAAAGAGAGAAAAGAUGGAGACGAAGGAACAGAGCCUUGUGAAGGUAUGGACAUGGAGGAGAGGACCCGGCAGAUGAAGCUGAAGAUGAACAAGUACAAGCAGGGAGCGGGCUCCGACUCCAGACUGGAGCAGGAUUACCACAAGCGCUCAGGCAGAGAUCCCCGGGGCUCAGAUAACCUGUCGGCCAAGUCAUCGGACAGCGAUGUAAGCGACGUGUCCGCUGUGUCGAGAACCAGUAGUGCCUCUCGGUUCAGCAGCACGAGCUACAUGUCUGUCCAAUCAGAAAGGCCGCAAGGAAACCGCAAAAUCCGGCAGAUGGGCUCGACGGGCGCGGUCAACAUGACCAAGAGCACAAGCCUUAGCGGCGACAUGUGUAACCUGGAGAAGACGGACGGCAGCCAGUCGGACACGGCGGUGGGCACGGUAGGCACCGACGAGAAGAAGAGGCGCUCCAGCAUUGGUGCCAAAAUGCAGGCCAUGGUCGGCAUGUCGCGCAAGAGCCGGAGCACCUCUCAGCUCAGCCAAACAGAAGCAGGGGGCAAGAAGCUGCGCAGCACCAUCCAGAGGAGCACGGAGACGGGCCUGGCGGUGGAGAUGAGGAGCAGGAUGACUCGGCAGGCCAGCCGGGAGUCCACAGACGGCAGCAUGAACAGCUACAGCUCCGAGGGAAAUCUCAUCUUCCCCGGUGUGAGGCUCUCCUCAGAAGCCCAGUUCAGCGACUUCCUGGAUGGUCUCGGCCCCGCCCAGCUGGUUGGACGACAGACGUUGGCUACUCCCCCCAUGGGUGACAUCCAGAUUGGUAUGGUGGACAAGAAGGGAGCGCUGGAGGUGGAGGUCAUCAGAGCCCGUGGCCUUGUGGGAAAACCAGGUUCCAAGGCACUGCCAGCACCAUAUGUAAAGGUCUACCUUUUGGAAAACGGAGUCUGCAUAGCCAAAAAGAAAACAAAAGUAGCAAGAAAAACCUUGGAUCCUCUUUACCAGCAGCAACUGCCGUUUGAGGAGAGUCCAGUAGGAAAGGUCUUACAGAUCAUCGUUUGGGGCGACUAUGGACGCAUGGACCAUAAAUCCUUCAUGGGAGCAGUUCAGAUACUGUUAGAUGAGCUGGACCUGUCCAACAUGGUGAUUGGCUGGUUUAAGCUCUUCCCCCCUUCCUCACUGGUGGACCCUACUCUGGCCCCACUGACAAGAAGAGCUUCCCAAUCGUCACUGGACAGUUUCUCUCGAUCAUAGCAGCGUGCAGAAUGAUAGCGUUGUUGUAGCAGCCAGUGUUGCGAUUACAGGGUCACGCCCCCGGUUACACUGCAUGCUUGAUGUUGUGUCUUCUGAGCCUGUUUCCAGGGGUGCAAAAAACGUGAUCCUGUGUUUUGAGCAAAAACGUUGCGCACAUUGUGCACGAGGCGAAGCGCGUCGCAAGCGCCUGGCGGCCGGGAUGCCGGGUGUUGUUGUUGUUGUUUGGAGGAAGCUGGAAUGAACUCCUUAGCACGAGGAAUCCGUCAGUUCCAGGUUUUCAUCCAAUUCGAAGCCAUGGGGGUCAGCACUGGGAACCGCUAAACGAGUUCUACAGAAGCCCUUUUUCGAAUGAAAAUAAAUGUUUUCUUUUCUUUUUUUUUGGUUUCCUUUUUUUAUUAGUUUUUUUAGUUUUUUUAUGUCGAUGUACUUGUAUCUGAAGGGGGUGACAGUGUUUCUAACCAGAUGCUUGGUCACGCCACGCCAACAGACCUAGCUGUGUAGAUGGAGUUUUGGAGACCAUCACUUUGGGUGAGGUGUGUCCCAGCUUGUGUCCACACUCCCCCAAAACCCCAAAAGAAAUACCCUGGUUACUCUAGGUUUACGUACUGAAUCAACCCGUACUGGUAAAUGAAUCAGAGGCAAUAUUGAAGUGGCUACCAUCAACACUCCAGAGCAAACAGAAACCCCAUGAAAAGAUGUACAAUCUACCAUCAUUCUUUCUCUGUUGAUAUAUUGUAUGAAAAUAAAUGAGAAAAAUAUAUUUUUUUCCCUUUUUAGUUCAUUUGCAUGGACACAAAUUUAGCUGAAUUAAAAAAAUAAAAAAUAAAAUUAUUUUCUUGAGGCUGCAACUUGCAAAAAAGAAGAAGAAAAAUAAAACAGAUCAGCCAUUUUCAACAAUUUAUAUUAUUUUUAAAGAUAAAUGUCACUAGUGCAUGGUUUUCAAGGGGAGUGAAUGCAACAUCGUGAUAAAAAAAAGGCAUUGUUUAUCAUUCUUUAGACCAUUCAUGAGUCUGUGUUUAGCAGACAUGCAGAUAAGGGAAACUUAAAGGAAACUUUUGGAGCUAUUUAACAGAAAAUGUUUAUGUGACAAAAAGUGAUAAUGAAAAUAAAUGUAAAUUAUUUAUUUCAUUGUAAAAGGCUCAUGCCUUAUAAAGAUAAACAUUAUGUGCAAAUUGUACAUGUUUCUCUUUUUCUUCCUUGUCCCAGGGUACUUCUCAUUGUACUACUCAUUGCUACCAUUGUUCAGUCCCCUGACAUUGUCCAGAUUUGAGGACUGUUUCAGUAUGUAUUUUAUUUUGGAUUUGAUUUGUUUAACAAGCAUGUUGAAAAGGAUUUUCUGCAACAUGGCUUGGGCACACCUUACAGUAACUCAGCAUGUUUUGAUAAAGAUGAUAUUUGGAAUUUUUGCAGUUUCUUGUACAGUGCAUGUCAACUUCAUUACUUUUCUCCCUCACCUUUAAAUUGAACUCUACAGCAAAUUAGUUCUUGGUCUUCUGCGGCCAUUUAUUGAAGUUUUAACAAAAGACAUUCCACCCCCAAGGUCAUGUUUUCUUUCAGGUUUUUGAGAAAAAAUAAGUGACAAGGAAAAUAUUUUAUAUUUAAUGGAGGUUGACGAAACAGUUGUGAUUGCAAGUGUAUUUUAUUUCAGUAUUGUUGACGAACAUGCAAAAAUAAUCUGUAUUGGUACAGCGAGAGGUCUAUACCUAAUCAAGAGGCAGCAAACAUGCGAGAGAUGUGUGUGUCGCUGUGGUUCAAGUCCACAGGCACUGUUUGUGAAGAUGAGCUAAUCACAAGUUCAAAUAACAAGGGAUAUUGCCACAGAAAAUGUUUUUUCUUGUUUUAAUGAAAAUGAAAUUAAUUUACUAUAUUUUUGUUAGUUUUAUUUAAAAGCCAAGACCAGUUUAUUUUUUAUUUUCUAUUUUUAGUAAUUAUAAAUACUUCUCAUGUCUGGGAAGUAUAUGAAUCUUAUAGUUGCAGUAUGUCUGAAUGAAAUUGAACUGAGGCAUUAUUCCUUUUCCACAUGACGAUAAUGCGUUUUAAUGUCCAAGAAAACCUUGUGGCUGGAACAAGCUACAGUAUAUAUUUUCAUUUUGAUUUUCAUUGUACAUACCUUUAGAUGUCAGAAUUUGAAUAAACAAGCUACCAUGAAUAGAUGAUAGACUCUUUUGGAACAGGAAGAAUGCCUCACGUGAUGACAAAGACAUAUGUUAUUUAUCCUUUUGAAUGCCUUUUCAUUUUCUCUUUUUGGUGCAAUGUGUUAAUGCCAAGGCUAUGUCUUGGUUAAGUAUGGUUGAGUACAGAGAUUUAUGUAAGUUAUUUUUCAAAUAAAAAAUAAAAAAAUUGAUAUUACACUGAU